AUGGGGGAAGGCGUCUUGCUCACCAACGGGGACCGCUGGAAGUAUCAUCGAAGAGUGCUCACGAAUCUCUUCAGUGCUCGAGCUUUACGAGAGCACAUGGCUCCGGUUAUCCAAAGGAAUGUCCAAGUACUGACGGAGGCGCUGUACCGUGUUUCCGAUGCCAACGAACUUGUCGACUUCUACAAGCUGAUGCACAAGUUUACGUUCGAGACAUUCACAGAGAUCGGCUUUGGACGAAAGCUAGGGAGCCUGGCAUCUCCAGACACCCACCCUUUUGAAGUCGCAUUUGAUGAAGCACACCGUAUUAGUGGCCACCGUUUCACAGCUCCUGUGUGGCUUUGGAAACUCAAACGAGUUUUAAAUGUUGGCACCGAGCGUCGUCUCCGAGACGCCAUGGCAGUCAUCGAUAAGUUUUUGAUGGGAACGAUCGUCGGAGCGAUGGAGCGGCAUCAACACGGUGAUCGGUCGGCUAAACGAGAUAUCGUGUCCAUUAUACUCGACACGAUGGAGACAAGUGGACAGAGAAUCACACCGGGUGACAUUCGGGACAUUGUGUUUGCAGGCAUGAUCGCUGGUCGAGACACAACUGCCGAUGCCUUGAGCUGGUUGAUGCAUACUCUCCACAAUAACCCACGUGUGGCUAGGAAGCUGCGCAAGGAAAUUCUCGCAGCCUUGCCACAGUUUGCAGAGUCUGAAAGCUAUGUGCCAUCGAUUUUUCACUUCACUUCAGUUAAGCUAAUGGAGGUUUCGGGCAAGCCGCUUAUGCUCAAGGAUGUGAGCAGUAUGAUCGCCGGAAUGCGCCGGAAUUCUUAUACGUCGCCUGAAGAUAAUGUGCGCGUGACGGAAGUACUGCAAGAUUUCAGUGAGGAGCCUGGGAUCGUUGUCAACGUGUUCCGUGAUGCCGAUACCAAGUUGACAAGCUGCAUCACAUUUCAAACGGCCCACAUGAGACGAAUGGCGCGACAAUUUCCUGAUGUGAUGUGUGUUGAUGCAACCCACGGCACUAACAUCAGCAGUGGUGCUUUUGCUCAGUAUGCACUCAUCGAUGGGGAGCCACAAGAAAACAUGAAGAGCUCCAUCACCGCAUUAAAGCGUAACAACGGAAAGUGA